UGACUUGGAUUUUUGCGAGAGGAACAAACAGUAAAUAUGGAGGAUGGCGACGGCAUUACAGGCGAAAAUUGAGAGUCUGGGAGUAAAAUUACGAGAGGAGAACAAAUCUAGAGAAUGCGAACUGUUAGGAAAGGGAAAUGAUAAGUCCACCUGCCCGAAAAAGCCUCUUCUUCCUUUAGAUCUAACGACGAGUACCCGCCAAGAAAGACCAGCAUCUUCCUCUUUUGUAGUGAAUUUAUCAGUACCAUCACAACAAAGACUGGGACGGCAUCGCCAUUUGCCACAAAGCUCUGGAAGCUGUGUUAGGGAAGAUGACAGUCAAAUUGAGGCAAAACUUCAAGAAAUUACUAAACAGACUGGGAUUCUAAAGUUAAAAGACAAAAGUGUGGAUUUCACCAUAGAUGAUUUGGAGGUUAUUGAAGAAAUUGGUAGUGGAACAUGUGGGCAGGUAUGCAAGAUGAUGCACAAGAAUACAGGAGAUGUGUUAGCAGUCAAGAAAAUGCGCAGGAGUCAAAACAAGGAAGAACAGAAGAGAAUAAUUAUGGAUCUGGAAGUUGUGAUGAAGUGUCAUGGCUGCCCCUUUAUUGUUAACUGUCUGGGAUCAUUUAUUUCCAAGUCUGAUGUUUUCAUUUGUAUGGAGUUAAUGACAACAUGUCUGGAUAAAUUGAUGAAAAAACUCCAGUUUCCAAUUCCAGAGGAUGUAUUGGGGAAAAUAUCUGUUUCUAUUGUCAAGGCUUUGAAUUAUUUAAAGGAGACCCAUGGAGUUAUGCACAGAGACGUCAAACCAUCCAAUGUUUUGCUGGACCAGAAUGGUUCCGUGAAACUUUGUGAUUUUGGUAUCAGUGGUCGUUUGGUUGAUUCAAAAGCAAAGACAAGAAGUGCAGGAUGUGCGGCGUACAUGGCACCUGAGCGCAUUGACCCGCCAGACCCUAUGAACCCAGAUUAUGACGUCAGAGCAGAUGUGUGGAGUCUGGGAAUAACUUUGGUUGAGCUAGCUACUGGAGAGUUUCCUUACAGAAACUGCACCACAGAGUUUGAGGUUCUGUCUCGUGUGAUGAGUGAAGAUCCCCCUCUACUACCCAGACAAGGAUUUAGCGCCAGCUUUUACUCUUUUGUGAAGUCAUGUUUGAUAAAAGACUACAGAUAUCGACCCAAGUACAACGCUUUGCUGAAACAUCCAUUUAUUCUUGGAUAUGAACAAAAAGAAGUCAACUUGGCGGGAUGGUUGGCUGCUGUUGUCGAAGAUUCGAAUUUUCCCGGCACAGAAGUAUAGAACAUGAUAUCAGUUCAAUAGUUUUAACCGGACACUAUAUUUUAGGUAGAUUUUUAUGUCUAGUAGGGCCUAAAGUCCUCAGAUAAAAAGGAAUUUUAACCUUUCUAAACUGAGGCCGGUGACACAAACUGUAUGAAAGGAUGCCGUUGAACACCGGCGUAUUAGCCUCUUUAAAGAUCGUUCAAACGUAGAACCGAUUGUUGUCAAGGGUGAAAGUAGUCAGCGUGGCCUGCAUCUGAUUUAAUUAUGAAGGACUCAUCGAGUUUGUGCCGAGCGACUGCUUACAAGCAAAGAUUUAAAGAAAGAGUGAUGCUUUUUUCUUCGUUUGUUUCUCUGUUUUAUUCUAUUAUCUGUCAAUAAUCUUCUCUAUGGCUUCGCUGUUUAUGAAAUCCAAUCGGUAAUCAACAACCCUAUGAGGCGCUUUUGCUGAACUUAGCAUUUAAGGGUUGUCAUGUGGUGUUGCGGAUGACCAAAUGACACGUUGCAAAAUUUUGAGAAGACGCACAAUCUAGCCUGGCACAACAAAAUACAAAAACUAACUCAAGUAGUUUGUUUAUUACCUAAAGUUUCAGACUUUCUCUCUAUGUCCUUCACAGUAAUGUCAUUUUGUCUUAAGAUGCCAUUGAUGCACACCGUAAAAAGACUGCAUGCGACAUGUAAAUUGAACAUCAGUAUUGAUUAUUACAAGGUAAUGGAAAGCGUACCUCUCGGGAACAAUCGGAACCACUCGUGUCAUGACUAAUCAAAGUUACGUGUACUUAGUAUUUGAUGGAACGUGCGCCUUAAAAUUUGAUCUGUGUUUUGAUGUUAUAUUUUUAAGUGGUGGUAUUGUUCGAAAUAAACAUCCAGUUGUAUUACUUA